AUGUUGAAUUCAUACGGAGGCACAUUUGUAGGACUAAAACCAGUAACUGGGAAUACUGGCAAAAACGGAAACGAAUCACGUGUAGUCACUAUUAGGUUAGGGACAUUAAAACAUUUGAGCAUACCCAAAUUAGAAAAGCCGUGCAAACGCGAAUUUUUUAUUACAGCCGUUUUUGAUACCGAUAGUCUGGAGGAGAUAAUGGAACAUCAGAGAAACAGAAGUGUACUUAGACAAGGUGAGUUUGAAAAUGGCUAUUACACCUGCUCAUUCAACGAGCAUACCAUAAUCCUCCCUUGUAAGGGAAAGAAUUUUGUCAGAUUAUAUCUUAGUUGUAUAAGCACAAUUGAAGAGAAUGGAGAGAGAAAGAUAGUAUUAAAUGGGCUAUCGUACACAGAUGCUUAUAAGAUAUCAAAGUUGGAAAACUAUAGAGAAGAUAAAUCAUUAACUUUGGUAUCGGAUGCUGCAAUUGCUGUCAAGUCCAAUGGGAAUAAUACUGCAAUGGUAAAGCAGGGAAUUACUGGUGGCAUUUUAUCCUUUAAAAUUGAAACAAAACCAUCACUUGGUGUGUAUAUUCCAAGAGAUUUAAUCAAUAGUGUCAUGGAUGCAUAUAAAAAUGAAGGAGAAGUAUAUUCUCCAAGCAACUCCAAUAAAUUUGACGUAAAUAAGUUUAAUUCAAUGAGUAAUGAUAGGGCUAUUAACAAGUAUCUUGAAAAAAAUAAUGCCAAGGGGAACAAGAGCGAUACUCCUUCUGAAAGAAGUAUCAACGUUACAGAGGCAAAAAAGUUGUUUGAUAAGAAAACCGUAGAAUCUGUCAAACCUCCUAAGAGUACUACUCCAUCUGAGGGCGCGCCCAAAAUACCAGAGCCAAAAGUUGAAGAAUUAGCCGAUAAAUCCCCUUCCAGUUUAAAUGUUGAAGGCGAAAAAGCUGAAGAACCAAUAGCAUCUGAACCAACAGCCCCAAGAGAUGUAAUUCCAAUGGUCGAGGAAAAACAAAUUGAGAAGAUAGAAGAUAGCGUAGAAACUGAACAAAUAUCAACAGAAAUGGCAGCAUUAGAAAUUAAAGAUCAACAGAAUACGGAUAGGUCGGACAAAUCUGUCAAAUCAGUUUUAUGA